AUAAUGUACGGCUUCAAUAUCCUGUCUGGAAAUUUCUCAUCCGAAGAGUCAGACGAAGAAUGGGAACCAAGUGACUCAGCAUCCUGCACUUCGAGUGACGACGAAAUAUGUUCCAGUGACCUCGACGAGGGAAAUACACUGCCACAGACAGGAGAAAACCCCCCAAGGAGGUUCGGAUCAACUGUAACGCCAAAACACAAUUCGAUUCAGACCGGCAUCGGCCAAGCUGUCCAUGAAAAGGGUAACAGAAAGGCUAGUCGGCAAUAUUACAGUUCCCAGGUGGAUAUUCAGAAAGCGGUUACUCUCAGUCGGCAUCUCCAGGGUGCCUUGGGACUCGCAGAUAUCGAAGAUACAACCGAUGACGCUCCCACAAACAGAGAGAAAAUUUCUCUUAGCUUGGGUGAUUUAGGAGCGGAACUCGUCAACCUCCAGCGGCUGCUGAAGAAUCUAUGUUAUUCCGUUGAAACUUUGCAUCAGAUAGCGUUAGAAGUGUUUCACGCUCAACACCCGGUCGCGGCGGAGCCGUAAUCUAGCUGGGCAUGAUUAAAGCAAAGUCACCUUAUUAGAGAAACGGUGCUAGAAGCAGCAUAUGGUAGAAUAAAAUAUGGCAUCCGACGUAUUUCGUCUCGGCUCCCGUGGUAAUAUCGCGUUCUCUCAUCUUGAUGAAUGAGAAAAGGGGCCGACGACCGCUGUCGAGCAGCAGUGAUGAGC